CGUGCAUGGUCCCGCCCUACCCUUCGGUGAAGUUUUCGUCCGUCAGUUGGGUAAUGAAUGGGGAGUCGGUAGGUCCGGCUGAGGGAUCGUGUAGGGCAGACGGACUGAUUUAAAUCGGGUUUCUUUUUAAAAAAAAAACAGACCUUGCGGUGAAAUCAUUCUGUGUUGAGAGAGAGAAAAAACAAAAGUUUCCCUCAAGGGUCACGCGUGCGGUUUGUGUUGUUGCUGCGGUGCGGCCGACGGAGAAGGAUGGCCGAGCUGGUGCAGCGUCUGGGCGCUUGUUUCCCGGCCUGUCAGUCCAGCCAGAGCGAGCGGGCUCAGCGCCGCAGGAGCCGGGAGAUUGAUGCCUUGCUGGCCCGGGAGAGGCGCUACGUCCGGCGCCUGGUCAAGAUCCUGCUGCUCGGGGCCGGCGAGAGCGGCAAAAGCACCUUCCUUAAACAGAUGAGGAUCAUUCACGGCAAAGACUUCGACAGCAAAGCUCUGGAGGAGUUCCGGGACACCAUCUUCGAGAAUGUUAUUAAGGGUAUGAAAGUCUUGGUGGAUGCAAGGAAUAAGCUGAGCAUUCCCUGGGAAAACACUGAAAAUGAAAAGCACGGAAUGUUCGUCAUGGCAUUUGAAAACAAAUGUGGCAUGCCAGUGGAGCCAGCCACAUUUCAAUUGUAUGUGCCAGCACUGAGAGCACUCUGGCAAGAUUCAGGAAUCCAGGAAGCAUACAACAGAAGACGAGAGUUUCAACUGGGUGAAUCUGUGAAAUAUUUUCUGGAUAAUCUUGACCAGAUUGGACAAUUGAGUUACCUUCCCAGCAGGCAUGAUGUCCUACUUGCUAGAAAAGCCACCAAAGGAAUUGUGGAGCAUGAUUUUGUCAUAAAAGGAAUUCCUUUCAAAAUGGUAGAUGUGGGUGGUCAACGGUCACAGAGGCAGAAAUGGUUUCAAUGCUUCGAUGGCAUUACCUCCAUUCUAUUCAUGGUUUCCUCAAGUGAAUAUGACCAAGUCUUGAUGGAAGACCGGCGGACAAACCGUUUGGUAGAAUCAAUGAACAUCUUUGAGACCAUUGUAAACAACAAAUUAUUUUCUUCUGUCUCCAUUAUUUUGUUUCUGAACAAAAUGGACUUGCUUGUGGGGAAGGUGAAAACAGUCAGUAUUAAGAAAUAUUUCCCAAAUUUUGAGUGGGACCCUCAUAAUCUAGAGGAUGUACAAAAAUACUUGGUUCAGUGCUUUAACAACAAGCGACGAGAUCGCACCAAACCACUGUUCCACCACUUUACAACAGCCAUAGACACGGAAAACAUUCGAUUUGUAUUCCACGCAGUGAAAGACACUAUUCUGCAAGAGAAUUUGAAAGAUGUAAUGUUGCAGUGAAGAGAUCAUCAUUGAACUUUGCGUUGCUCUUUGGUAUUUCCUCUGCCAUCAGCACCAUGUCCAAGAACUCAGUGGCUGACAGUUGUGGAUUUAAUAGACAUCUCUGACUACAUGAAAGCUUGAUGCUUGACAGCAUCUUAUUGGAAGUGCUUAUAAGUGUCCUUUUUCACUUCAAUACAAGUGCUCCAACCUUAGAAGCAUUGUGAAUAAUCUUUUUAGACAUUUGUUGCACUAAGGGCUCUUAUCUGAUUGUGUUGUUUGAUAAAAUUUGGUAACUGAACAAUUUACUUCAAUUGAUUAAGUUCCUUGAACGAAAAUUGCAUGCAAUUUAAAAGGUGCUUGCAUGAAACUCUGCAUCGAUUAAAAUUUCAGGGAAAGUUUAUUAUCCAAGCUACUCUAUGGACUUUAGCCCUCAUUAGCAUUCAGCUAUUUACUACUGCCUAAUGCAAACUGGAUCUGAAGUCCAAAAUCUCUCUGAGCAGUGAGAAGUGGAUAGCAUGCCCAGAAAUGCUGAUCCUCUGUUGCUGUAUACCUUUUUGGGAAGAAUGUUGCAAACAGCUAUCAAGUGACACAAUUAUAACACAAUUAACGUACUGUUAAUUUGCUGAACAUUCGGGACUACAAUGUAAAGCAGCUGAAUUCACAGUUGGCUUUUGUAAACAUUUUUACAGUUAAGUAUGACAUGCAAGAUUUAAUGGGUACAACCUGGAGUUCUGCUUUAUUGUGAAUGUGCUUGUUACUUCAAGCUAUGGUUUUAAAGAAGUCCCUUCACAGUGAUAUCUGACUUGUAUGUAGAACAUCCAUAGAAUGUAGUACAGGUGUGAGUUGCUGUUUAAGUUUGAUAAAGAGUUGGAAAUGUCUGUUGGCUGGAGUACUGAUCAAAACUCCGUGUUAAACCUGAAAACAGGUCACAAUCACACUAACCAUUGGCUUGUAGCAUAUGAACUUUAUUUUAGAAAUAUAAUAUCAGAUAAAGAUUCAAAACUAAUUCAUAAUCAAAAUCAGCUGUGCACUCUUUUGUAGAAGAGGAGAUUUUUGGAACUGGGUUACAGUUAUGGAAAUGCUCUUUUGAAGUGAGUGGCUGCUACCAACAAGCAUACAGGAGGAGUCUUGAAAACAGAAGUAUCUGACACAGAUGCGAGCUGAAUUUUUCAUAGCACCAACUGUAGUGUAAUAGUGGAUUUUUGACCCAUGAAAACUCUUAACAUGUUACCAUUGUCUGGGGAAUCUGAACUUCCAGCUAAUCUUUCCUUAAUUACACAAAAUGACAUUUUUUGUUUCUAAGCCUCCAGGUACUUUAUCGAGUUUAAUUGAAUAUCUUAU